AUGGCAAGUAAACAGGAAGAAAUAUCAAACUAUAGCGUUGUAAGACGUAUAGGUGCUGGUAGAUUCGGGGAAGUAUUUCAAGUUAGACACAAGAAAACCGGGGAUUUAUACUGCUGGAAGGUUGUAGCAUAUAAGGGCCUCAGCGAAAAGGAAAAGGAACAGCUUGUAAUGGAAGUCAAUGUGAUGCGACAACUAAAACAUCCUAAUAUUGUCAGAUACGUCGAUAGAAUCAUCGAUAAAAAAAAACAAUUACUUUAUAUCUUAAUGGAAUAUUGUGAUGCAGGUGAUCUGGCUGAAAAUAUGCGUCAAUGUCAUAAACACUACCAAAUUGUCAACGAGCAAGUCAUAUUUGAUAUCGCUUUGCAACUGAUAUUUGCUCUGGCCUAUUGUCAUAAUUGCAAAUUAGGUUCAAAGGAUGGGAAGGUACUGCACAGAGACCUGAAACCUCAAAAUAUCUUUUUGUCUACAAACUAUAAAGAUACUCUCAAAAAAAGUUAUACAUUUAAGAUUGGCGAUUUUGGUCUUUGUAGACACAUAGGCACAUGCUCUUUUGCACAUUCAUGUGUAGGAACACCUUACUAUUGGUGUCCAGAACUGUUGUUAUCAAACAACAAAAAUUAUGAUGAUAAAAUGGAUAUGUGGGCUUUAGGUUGUGUUUUAUAUGAAUUAUCCGCAGGUAAAACACCUUUCCAUUAUACUACAACUCUGGCUGAAUUGACACAGGAAAUGAGACAAGGUGUCCCCCUUCCACUAUCUUAUAGGAGCGAUAAACUCAAUUCAUUAUUAUAUGCUCUUUUACAAAAGGAUCCAAAUAAUAGGGCAAGUGCUAUGCAAUGUUUAGGUUAUUCAUUUUGGAAAAAACCUACUAUGGAACUCUUUCUGAACACUCUAAACUAUAAUGACAAACUCAAAAUGUGUCAAAAUAUUGAUUUUAAAGAAGAAAAAAUUGAUGAUGAAACGCCACAAAAUAUUGAUAUAUCGCAUAAAAUAAAACGACCUACGUCUCGUUCACUCACUCUAAUAACUCCCAACAACAAGCGUACAAAUGAUUGGUACACUCUUCUACUGAAUGCAGGAAAAGAAGCAACAAAACAUGAAGAUGUGCCAAAAUCACAAAAUGUUAGAACAAAUCGCUAUGUAGAAACAACAAAAAUUCCAAGGAAUAACAUUCUUAUCUGCAAAAAUGAAAUUAUUAAACGUGAUAAUAGAAAUUGUACUCAUUGUAUUGAUGGAACCUUGAAUAAUUAUGAUAUAAAUGAAAAUGAAAUAACAAGAUGGAAGCACGGAUCAGAACCCACGAGGGUAAAGGGUUUAAAAUCUACAAUGAGAAACGUAACAUAUAUAUCCAGAAGAAACACUGAUGGAAAUGUCAAUAGAAAGCCAAUGAAAUACGAUAAUAUUAUUACAAAUGAACUCUCAAAACAGUAUAUGCAAAGGCAAAGAACCCUGGUGUCUGUAAACAACAUCCAAGACUAUGGUAUAUCGUCAAAAAGGUACGAUAGAAGUGAAAUUGAUGGUCAAGGAUCGACACCGGUAAAUAGCUUCUUGGAUAAUGCGUUGAACACUAGGGAUGAACAGUCUAGUUUUGAAGCAAGAUUCACAAAAGCAGAUCAUAGUGAUACAUCAGAUGACAGUAUAACAACAAAACUCGAGGAUUAUGAUUCACUUUAUCUCGGAAAUUGUAAUAAAAGAACCAUAAAAGGAUUUGAUUUAAAUGUUAGAAAUUUUAUCUAA